AUGUCGCUGUCCCACCCGCAGGGCCCGCCCCCCCUCGGCGCCGGGUUCGGUCCCGGGCCCGCUCGGACCCUGUCCGCCGGCCACGCAGCCGACGAGCUCUGCCUCGUGGGAUCGCCCGUGGGCGGCUGCCGCGAAGGCGGCAUGGCAGCCCUGGACAUGCGCCCCUCGGGCGCCGCCCAGCCCGGCUGCGACUCCGUCAAGAUCGCCAUCAAGUUCCUGCUGAGCAACGUGGCCGCGGGCGUGGUCAUCGGCAAGGCGGGGUCCAUCAUCACCGAGUUGCAGGAGCACAGCGGGUCGCGCAUCCAGCUGUCGCGCAACAACGUCUUUUACCCGGGCACGGUGGAGCGCGUGCUGCUGCUGACGGGCAGCGUGAAGAACGUCCUCGUGGCGCUGUACCUCAUCCUGGUCAAGCUCACGGGGCGGGCGUCGGGCAAUUCCGCCGGGUCUCCUGUCAAGGCUGGGAGCCCGACGGGCGGGGCGGAAAACGGAGACGGCAGCCCGGGGGGGGAGCCGCAGCAGCCACGCGGCGAAUCGGAAUCUUCGGGCGGCUCGCCGGCCAGCGGGAAGGAUGGGGACGGCCAGGACAGCCCGACGCAGCUGAAAAUCGUGAUGCCCGCCGCGGUGUGCGGCGCCAUAAUCGGCCGCGGGGGCGAGACGAUCCGCUCAUUCGCCGAGGACUCGGGCGCCAGCAUCUCGGUGUCGCCCCAGGAGCGCGGCGGUGGCCGGCUGGGCGACCCGCGCCCCCCGGGCCCCGCGCCUGACCGCAUCGUCACCGUAACCGGCGGCGUCAGCCAGAUCCUGCGCGCCGUGGCGCUCAUCGUCACCACCGUCGCGGAGGACCCUAACUACGUGAAUAACGUCGGCCUGUCGGUGAACUACGCGCCGCUGAGAGCGGGGGCGCCGCCCCCGCCGGGCGCAUUCCCGCCGCCGCGCGACGCCGGGAUGCUCAACGGUGGGGCCGGGUUCCCAUUCCCAAUCAGAACCGGCUUCGCGCCGGGGAUGCCCCCCCAGGAGCCGCCCGGGGCGUUCCAAGGGCCGAUCGGGAGCCCCGGCCUGUCUGAGGUCAAGCUGGCUGUGCCUGACGAGCACGUGGGCGCGAUCAUCGGCAAGGGCGGGGAGAUAUUGGCGCAGCUGCAGGCGCUGGUGGGCGUCAAGGUGACGAUAUCCGGCCGGGGGGAGUUCACGCCAGGGACGCGCGACCGCAACGUGUGCAUCUCCGGCCCACGGGACGCCGUGCAGAUCGCGCAGCUGCUGGUGACGCAGAAGUUGAACGAGAGGCUGCACCAGCUGCAGCGGUGA